AUGAACUUACGAGCCUUCGCUAGUAAUGCAGAAAAACUGAACGAGUAUUUCGGGAUGAGAGAGAUAGAAGCCAUUCGCAACGUGCAGAAGCUCCUGGGUUUGAAAUGGGAUAUCAUCGAUGACAACCUCAUCCUACCACUCCCAGAAGAAACCUCCAACAAAGAUCCUUGGACGAAGAGAAAGGUUCUGAAACACAUCGCUAGUAUCUACGACCCUCUUGGCCUACUCUCUCCCUCAACGCUCCCCGGUAAGAUCUUUCUUCAAUCUCUAUGGAAGGAGAAACUUUUAUGGGACGAAACAUUACCUUCAGAAAAGGAAGCGCAGUGGCAAGAAAUUAUUUCAGCAUGGACGACCUCAGAGUUAACAACACCCAGACUCAUAAUAGACUGCGAAGAAGAAAUCUCCUAUGAGUACGAUCUUCACGUAUUCGCUGAUGCAUCUUCUGCCGCCUAUUGUGCCGUGGCUUACAUUGUACAAAAGGCAAAUGAUAAACCAAUCAGAGCUUCCUUGGUGAUGUCCAAGAGUCGAUUAGCGCCACUCAGCCACUCCAUGACUAUUCCACGUUUUUAA